GGAUGAAGAGGGAACGAGGCAGACCAAGCAGAGAGGGAGGGAAGCGGCAGGCAGGAACUCCUGAGACCCCUGACUGACAGAGACACGCGCUCGGCUCAUGGGAGCGCCCAGCUGAUGAAGAGAUAAAGAGACAGAGAGGGAGAGAGAGAGAGAGAGAGAGAGAGAGGGACCCAAACUGAAAGUCACACACACAGACAGACACACACCCACGCACGCACUCCCUUCACCCAAGACUGAGCAGCAGGGCUUUGCAGAGGCAGCAUGUGGUUCGUGUGCCUGGCGUUCCAGCUCUCCGUGGCAUCUGCGGAGCACGGCUUGCAGCCGCGGGUGCCGCCCUGCCCGGCGCCCUGCCAGUGUGAGGAGGAUGGCGUGCUCCUGCUUGUGGAUUGCUCCGAGCUGGGCCUGUCCGCGGUGCCCAGCGAUCUCAGCCCCCUGACCUCCUACCUGGACCUCAGCAUGAACAACAUCAGCGAGCUGCAGCCCGGCGCCUUUCAGAACCUUCACUUCCUGGCAGAAUUGCGACUGUCUGGAAAUCACCUGAAGCAGAUCCCUGGCACGGUCUUCUCAGGACUCUACAACCUAAAAGUUCUGAUGCUACAAAACAACCAUCUGGAGAGGCUGCAGAGCGAGGUUCCAUGGGAUUUGCCCAACCUGCUGUCACUGCGCCUGGAUGCCAACCUGAUCUCUGAGGUUCCCGAGCAGACCUUCUCGGGCCUGCGCUCGCUGAGGCACCUGUGGUUGGAUGACAACGUGCUGGCGGAGAUUCCCGUGAGAGCCCUCAGUCGGCUGCCCUCCCUGCAGGCCAUGACACUGGCACUCAACCGCAUCAUGCACAUCCCUGACGGCGCAUUCCGGAACCUCUCCAGCCUGGUGGUGCUCCACCUUCAUAACAACAUGAUCCAGAGCCUCGGGCAGACGUGCUUUGAAGGACUGCACAAUCUAGAGACACUGGAUCUGAACUACAACAACCUGCAGGAGUUCCCGGCCGCUAUCAGGACGCUGGCCAAACUUCAGGAGCUGGGCUUCCACAACAACGACAUCAGAUGCAUUCCAGAGGGCGCCUUCGUGUGGAACCCGCUCCUGCAGACUAUCCAUUUCUACGAAAACCCAAUUCAGUUUGUGGGAAGAUCGGCCUUCCAAUUCCUGCCCAAACUGCACACGCUGUCCCUCAAUGGAGCAACAGAAAUCAGGGAAUUCCCUGAUCUCAAAGGAACCACCAGUCUGGAAAUUUUGACCCUGACCAGGGCAGGCCUCACUUCCCUGCCCCAGGGUCUGUGUCAGAAGCUGCCCAGCCUGAGAGUGCUGGAACUGUCGUAUAACCAGAUAGAGGAGCUGCCCAGCUUUCAUCACUGCCAGCACCUGCAGGAAAUAGGUCUCCAGCACAACCUGAUACAGGAGAUCGAAGCCGGAACGUUCCACCAGCUUGCCUCACUGCGCUCCAUAGACCUCAGCUGGAACCGCAUAACAACCAUUCACGAAGCCGCCUUCAUCUCCCUGCAGUCCUUGGUGAAACUGGACCUAUCUGACAACUUCCUGAGCUCGCUACCACUAGAGGGUCUCGCCAGUUUGACCCACCUCAAAUUGAGGGGCAACAAAGCUCUGUCUGGCUCCUUCAGAGAGGAGGACUUCCCCAAGAUGAGGGUCAUCGAGAUGCCGUAUGCUUACCAGUGCUGCGUCUACGGCGUCUGCAGCGGCAACUACAAGGCCGGCAGCCACUGGGAAGCCGAGAGGCUGCGAAACCAGGAGGAAGACCUGCAGAAGAGGAACAUAGCCCUGUUCCCACUCCACCCCGACACUAACUAUGAUCUCGAUAUGGAGGAGUUCCAGCUGGAAGUUGAAGACUCCAAACUCCAGGCCAGCAUUCAGUGUACGCCCACUCCAGGUCCCUUCAAGCCAUGUGAAUAUAUGAUUGACAGCUGGGUGGUCAGACUGGGGGUGUGGGCCAUCACCGUGGUAUCCUUGGUGGGCAAUAGCUUGCUCAUCAUCACCGUUUUUACCUCGCCCAGCUACCUGUCCCCAGUCAAGUUUGUCAUCGGUGCCAUUGGGGGAGCCAACCUGUUGAUGGGGCUGUACACAGGCACACUAGCCCUGGUGGAUGCCCUCACCUUCGGGCAGUUCGCCAAGUACGGCGCCCGCUGGGAGACAGGCCCGGGAUGUCAGGCAACCGGCUUCCUCUCGGUCUUCGCCUCUGAGGCAUCCAUCCUCUUUCUCACGCUGGCGGCAGUGCAGUGCAGCGUGUCGGUGUCCUGUGUCCGUACCUACAGGAAGUCGCCAUCCUUUGGCAGUGUCAAGACAGCCGCCCUCUGUUGCGUGGCACUCUCCCUCAUGGUGGGGGCCCUGCCGCUCUUCUGGAUCGGGGAGUACGGCUCCUCGCCCCUCUGCCUGCCAUCCCCCUUGCCAGAAGGUCAACCCUCCACCUUGGGCUACAUGGUGGCCUUGAUCAUGAUGAACACGCUCUGCUUUCUGGUCAUAACCGGCACCUACAUCAAGCUCUACUGGGACCUAAUGAAGGGCGAGUUUGAUAGCAUCUGGGACUGCGCCAUGAUCAAGCAUGUGGCCUGGCUCAUUUUCACCAACUGCCUGCUCUACUGCCCUGUGGCUUUCCUCACUUUCUCCUCCCUGCUGGGCCUCUUUCGCAUUGGCGAGGAGGCCAUCAAGUCGGUCCUCCUGGUCUUGCUGCCUCUUCCUGCCAGCCUCAACCCUCUCAUCUACCUGCUCUUCAACCCGCAUUUCAAGGAAGAUCUCCGUCUGCUCUGGAGAAGGUCUCGGCCCGGCCGGGAGGAGACCCUGGACUUCUUUGUUUCUGAGGAGACGGAGAAAAGCUCGUACGACUCCACGCAGGCCCUGGUGUCCUUCUCCGAGGUGGAUGUGCUGUACGAGAGUAAUGUCCAGCCCCCGCUGGAGCCUUUACACUACACGGCCACUUCAUCACCAAUCCUUCUCAUCCCCUGCCAACAACAAGGCCCCCCCAAGAAGGAAAACGGAGCUACAUCUCAACACGGCACACGGACCCAGCAUGAGGAGCCUGAGCGGAAUAGCGCCCCCUUCCCAUCUAAAACCCACCAUUCGCCCUGCUUUUCCUCUCACUCCUGAACAACUGACUGUUCACGCAACACAGAACUGUGAUGGGAAACAGGUCCUACUACAAAGCAGGCCUCUCAGCAUUGAAAAAAAUGGACCAAUCAAAUUUCAGACAGCGGAACAACAUCCACAAGGUGGUGACCGUGAGCAUUCAGAUGACAGUCAAGAGGCUCAGUUGUUUUUUUUUGUGUUUGUAUAUAAAUACAUAAAUACAGAGACCUCAUCAUCAUACACUUUGUAAAGUCAAUUAAACUGCAUUUAUAGACUUACUUUGACAGACAUGAAACCGGGACAUUAUUUUGAAAGGCUGAAGGACAAACAUCCAGCUAGUUUACCCAUUACCUCUGAAAACCGAUACACACAAGGGCCAUAUAAUACCCCCAGGAAUAAUUCCUAAUGGUCUUCAGCUCCAUGAACGGCCAUUCUUAUUAAACCAGAAAUGGUUGUAUCUGAUUCUUCUUCUACCAGCCGAUUAUAAAAUUCAGUGUGAAUGCUGAUCGCAGCCGAGUUGGUGAUAAAAAAAUAAAAUCAUAAAUUGCCCCCCAGCACCAUGCAAAAAAUAGACCAUUUUCAAAGAAAUGCAUUCAGACAUAACUGUUAUGCCUCCCUGUUUGGCUUCAGCUAUGUGCUUUGAUCCCUUUGAUGUCGGGUAGCAAGCCUUCACUUGCUACAUCGCUCCUGGUCUGUAAAGAACUUAGACACGUCUAAGAUAUUUCAGAUAAUUUAUAUCCAGACCUUCACUUUCUUAUAGCAAAUGAGAACAGUUCACAGCUUUAUUUAUUUAACAGCGUUAAGUAAAUAUUCAUUUGAGUGGCAUCAUCUCAUGAAUGUCAAACCAGAAGUGAUUUGCAGCUGUGAAGAUGUUUUACAUUACAUUUAAUUUAUUUAGCAGACACAUCUCUCUUAAGACAACGUACAAUUAAAGGUCAGACAGUCCCUGGAGCAACUGGGGGUUACGUGCCUCACUCAAGUGCCCAUCGGCAAAAUCACUAGGCCAAACUCAAGAUUUGUACCCUAACCCAAGCCAUACAUUACCAAUUCCCACAUCGAAAUCUCUGAAAGGGUUGCGUGAUACUGAUGGACAGUUAACUUUUGAUUUACCACUUACUAUCCUUAGAAAAAUAAGGACCAAUCAAAUUUCAGACAGUGGAACAACAUCCACAAGGUGGUGACAGUGAGCAUUCAGAUGACAGCAGUCAAGCCAUAAAUGGCAGCCAGAAAAAAUUGCCAAAGGGUGGUGGGAUGUAGGUGGUAAAAUUUGACAAACGGGUGGGCCAGGCUUGAACCGGCAAAAUGUCUUGCUGGCUAAUUUUACCACCACCCUCUAGCCCCAGUUAGGGAACAGAUUUCCAGGGCGAUGCACAUCAGGAGGCUGCUGUCUGCUUCUGGGAGACUCCCAGAACUUCACUGAGAAGUGGGAUGUCUACAUCGUUCUUCAGUGUCGAAUGCAGUCCAGCGAAAAAAUACGAGUGCAACGUAAUCGAUGCGGUAGCGUUAACGUGAUGGCCUGAUUGUCGCGUCCGACAAGGAAUGUCGAUCGACCUGCAAUGAAAGAUUGACCUGCAGAUUGCGAUCAAAUGAUUGGUGACCACUGCACUACACAACAUUAACAUGUCAAUUCAUUAAGUGUUCUUCACCAGACACCACAAUGAUAGAAAAUGCUAUCAAUUUCUAAAUUGUAUUUAAUCAGAAAAUUAAAAAAGAAACUUAAAAAAAAAGAAAAUACUCAAGAGUUGGGUAUUUGUUGCCCACGUGUGACUCCUUCAAAACCCCGGGUUUGUAAAGUAGUCUAGCUAUUGUACAUACAGAGUAACUACCUCUGAAAUCGCAUGCUAAUAUUCCUCGGUAUCCCAAUAUGUCUUCCUAUUAUAUUCAAAUAUAUAAUUUUAUAUUGAAAAAUAAAGCUUUUAGAUGUACAAAGCAGAUUUACUAUUUUGGAUGUAUAUAUUUUCAAACCUCUGUAAACAAUGAAAUGUAUGAUCAAAUAAAAUUAUUAAUUUUAUUAAAAACAGC